GAGCCGCUUCCUGGGCGCCGUGGGCGCGGGCUGCGCCGGCUGCGCGGUUGCAGAGAAGCGCGAGGCGCGGGCACUGCGCACCUGGGGUGGCCCUGGCGCGUGGGCGGCGACAUGGAGGACGGAGUGCUCAAGGAGGGCUUCCUGGUCAAGAGGGGCCACAUUGUCCACAACUGGAAGGCGCGAUGGUUCAUCCUUCGGCAGAACACGCUGGUGUACUACAAGCUUGAGGGGGGUCGGAGAGUGAACCCUCCCAAGGGCCGGAUCCUCCUGGAUGGCUGCACCAUCACCUGCCCCUGCCUGGACUAUGAAAACCGACCACUCCUCAUUAAGCUGAAGACUCAAACGUCCACAGAGUACUUCCUGGAGGCCAGUUCUCGAGAGGAGCGGGACGCCUGGGCCUUUGAGAUAACCGGGGCUAUUCAUGCAGGGCAGCCGGGGAAGGUCCAGCAGCUGCACAGCCUGAGAAACUCCUUCAAGCUGCCCCCACACAUCAGCUUGCAUCAAAUUGUGGACAAGAUGCACAACAGCAGCAGCGGAAUCCGUUCAAGCCCCAACAUGGAGCAGGGAAGCACCUACAAAAAGACCUUCCUUGGUUCCUCCCUGGUGGACUGGCUUAUUUCCAACAGCUUUGCGGCCAGCCGUCUGGAGGGGGUGACCCUGGCCUCCAUGCUCAUGGAGGAGAACUUCCUCAGCCCGGUGGGUGUCCGGAGCAUGGGAGCCAUUCGCUCUGGGGACCUGGCCGAGCAGUUCUUGGAUGACUCCACGGCCCUGUAUACUUUCGCUGAGAGCUACAAAAAGAAGAUAAGCCCUAAGGAAGAAAUCAGCCUGAGCACUGUGGAGCUAAGUGGCAUGGUGGUGAAACAAGGCUACCUGGCCAAGCAGGGGCACAAGAGGAAAAACUGGAAGGUUCGUCGCUUUGUUCUGAGGAAGGAUCCAGCUUUCCUGCAUUACUACGACCCUUCCAAAGAAGAGAACAGGCCAGUGGGUGGGUUUUCUCUGCGUGGUUCACUUGUGUCUGCUCUGGAGGAUAAUGGCGUUCCCACUGGGGUUAAAGGGAAUGUCCAGGGAAACCUCUUCAAAGUGAUUACUAAGGAUGACAAACACUAUUACAUUCAGGCCAGCAGCAAGGUUGAGCGAGUCGAGUGGAUUGAAGCUAUCAAAAAACUAACAUGACAAGGACCUGAGGGAACCAGGAUUCUUCCCUCCUACCAGAUGACACAGACAGGAUUUCCUGGAGAAUGGGAGUGUGUUUUAAGACUUUUGACUUUGUACGUUUUGUACUUCUUUGGAGGGUGAAUGCUGAAGAGUUCCUCAGAUUAUAAACAGCAGUGGUACCAUUUCCUUCCCCAUCUUUAUGUUACCAACCUGGAAAGGCUAGAACAGCCGUUAGGUGUCAGCAUCUUGAGUUUUGCCCAGCAUCACAAACGGCCAUUCCCUUGGGCACUAAAAUAGGUUCUCUUUGUUGGAACAAUUACAUUGGCCAUGCCAUAAUGCUGAAUAAAACUCUUCUUAUGCAGUUCUCUCUUAAUUUCUUUGGAAUUAGUAAAAACUGACUUUUGUUUCUGGUUAUUAGGAUCCUAUACAAAGUUUUAUAGUUUUCAAGCAUCUCUGUCCCUAAGACAUACUUCAUCUUAAAGUGGGGAUGGUGGCAAAACUUUGAACAUUCAGAGAAUAUUGUUUUGCUUUGGAAAACAAGCCUGCAUAAAUAUUAUACAUUACAGAAGUCAUGGACUCUGUCAGAGAGAACUUAAUCACAUAUACAAAAAAUACAUACAUAGCUUUUCCGUGAAAAAUGGGCAUUUAGAGAUGGAGAGUAAGAGUGUGCUAAAGGACAGAGAAAGAUGUAAAUGGGAAGACUUAAAUCAAGGCAUUGAAUUUUGGUUUUAAAAUGAACAUUAGCUGAGACAAAUGGUACCAAGAAAUUUCACCAGUUGGGAGGUUAAUCUAUAGUGAAAAGUCUGUAUCAUACAAUACUUUUAAAGAACAUUUUUAUUACUUUCAAGUUUGUACAGUAUGUGGCACAAGCUAUUGCCAGCAUUCUUGCCAAGUACAAAUGCUUGGACUUCCCCUUAAUCAACAGAUAAAAUACAUAACUUACAUUUAAGGGGAGUGGAUUACUUCAAAGUGCUUAAGUAAAAAUUUGUCCUCUUACUUUCAACUGUCUCUUGUUAAUUGUGUCUAAAAUACUGACCUGAAUGAGAAAUCCCAAGCUAAUGUUUUAUUUAUUCCUUAUAUGGUAAGAGCCUACCUUUUAAAAACUCUCUAGCCAUUUUGCUCUUGGUGUAAAAGUAGAAUGGCUGGAGUAUGGCAGCUGAGGAAUGUUCUGCUUAGCAUGAUGCAAUGCUUAGCAGGUCUCUCUGGGUCCGUCUUUGACAUUAUCCACUUCAGAACUGGUUUGUCUUGUUUUGCUAUAAAACUAAUAUGAAAAAUGGUUUGGGCGGGGCAUGCUGGCUCACACUUUCAUGGAGGUAGAGGUGGGAGGAUAGCUUGAGCCCAGGAUUUCGAGACCUGCCCAGGCAAUGUAACAUCACCAUUUACCAGG